CUUUACAGCAAAUCGGAGAUGUAUAUAUCACAACCCUUGCUAUGGCGUGAUAUAUCGCAUCUGAGGCACAAUCAAGGGUCUGGUCUGAUAAACGUGCCGCAUGUGGAGAAUACCGGCCGCUAAAAUCCUCCGAGUCAACGACAAAAGGACUUCAAAUCUUUUCUUUUUUAUAUUUUGCCUCCCUCACUUGUCGCAUACAACAACUUGAUAUCUCUUAGGCUUCUUCUGUCGUUACACUUGCGCUGCUUUCUGCAUUGAGUUGUUACAAUGCCUGUCCCUCGUGUAAAACGUGUGGCGGUCAUCGGCGCCGGACCAGCGGGUGCCAUUGCGGUUGAUGCUUUGGCUCAAGAGAAGACGUUUGAUCUUAUUAGAGUAUUUGAACGCCGUGAAGGACCUGGAGGAUGUUGGAUUGGUGAUACAACUCAACCUCCAACAAUCUCAAACCUGGCAAAGCUCGCAGAUCGUACAGCAGAUGAGCAAUUGCCCAUCCCUGAGAGUUUACCAACAUUUCUUCCCAAGUCCACGCAACCACGCCAUGAAGAAUCAUCUCUUUACCCAUACCUAGAAACAAACGUUGACACAUCCACCAUGGAAUUCACACAAGAGCCCAUCCCCGAAAUCCGUAGUGAGAGAUCAAUCGGGAUGCACGGCCCGCAGACACCCUUUCGACACUGGAAAGUCAUGCGUGACUACAUAGCAGGUAUCUUGCAUCGUAAUCACUACGAAGAUCUUAUCUCGUACAACACCACUGUGGAACAUGUUGAGAAGACCGGUGAUGAGUGGAAGGUUGUGUUGAGGAAGGAUGGAAAGAAGAAUGAUUAUUGGUGGAGUGAGACUUUUGAUGCUGUUGUUGUGGCGAGUGGUCAUUACUGGGUGCCGUAUAUUCCGGCUGUGGAGGGCUUGGAACAGUUUGAGAAGACGAGGCCUGGGAGUGUGGUGCACAGCAAGCACUUCCGAGGGAGAGACUCUUUUCAUGAUAAGAGAGUCGUUGUUGUAGGUGCUUCGGUAUCCGCGGCCGAUAUCGCAGUUGAUCUCGUCGACACAGCCAAAUCACCCAUUCACUGCGUUACCAUCGGCCACACCACAAACGUCUUCUUCGGUGACACAGCCUUUGACCACCCUAAGAUCCAGCAACACCCAUCUAUCGCCAAAGUCGUCAACCGAACAGUGCACUUUAUCGACGGAACCAGCGUUGCAGAUGUAGAUCACAUCAUCUUCGGCACAGGCUACAGCUGGACCCUCCCAUUCCUCCCCUCCCUCCCCAUCCGCAACAACCGCGUCCCCGGUCUAUACCAACAUAUCGUAUGGCAAAAAGAUCCAACCCUUCUCUUCGUCGGUGCAGUAGGCGCUGGUCUCACGUUCAAGAUCUUCGAGUGGCAAGCCGUCUACGCAGCUCGUAUUCUCGCAGGCCGAGCAACGGUACCUCCACAGGAGGAGAUGCAGAGGUGGGAGGAUGAGAGGAUACAGACACACGGUGAUGGACCAAAGUUCUCUGUCGUGUUUCCUGAUUUUGAGGAUUACUUUGAGGCGGUGAGGGAGUUGGCUGGUGAGGGUGAGCCGGGGGUGGGACGCAAGCUGCCCAAGUUCAAGAGGGAGUGGUUUAGGAAUUUUAUAGAGGGUACGGAGUUGAGGAAGGGAUUGUGGAGGAGGUGGAAUGCGAAGGCGAAGGCGGAUCUUGAGAAGGAUGGUGCCAAGGCGAGGUUGUAAAUGCGACUUGAGUCUUAGAAUAGAUAAUGCGUCUUGUUUAGAUUUAGACGCACAAAUAGAUUAGGGUAUAUAGACAUUGAGACGAAAGAACUGGAUUAUAGACUACAUCUGAACAUCAGGCUCAGGAUAGUUGUUGGGCUGUAUACAGUUUACAAGGCGGUGAUUCAAGGCUUUACAGAAGACUAGGUAUGCCUUUCGCCAUCAAUUCCCAUGGUUCAAGGUCAACGAUAAUAAUACUACAUAUCUUCUGGGUAGAAGAUAACUCUUACUAGUAUUGGAGCAUUGUAUGAUCAGAUCUCUUGGAUAGCGUGGUCUAUUUUAUGUUGUCCCUCCACGAGACACAUCACUUACCUCGACAUUUCAAGGUUAGAAUAGGACGAGUUUUCAUAUAGUAAAGGCG